CCCGUUGAUGUUUGCGGACUUCCAAUGGAUGGCCCUUCCCCCGUCCGGUCGAUUGCCGAAACCGUAUUGCACUAUGCUCAUGGCACAAUUGCAGGAUUACUUGCACACUGCAGUACCAGCUCUGUUGAUGGACGCUGGAGUAGAGGUUGUCGACCUUCACGACUACGUUGCGAAGAUCGACCGCGAGUUCAAGACACAACGGAAGUCGCAGCCCACACAAGUCACGUUGGCCGACAUUCACACGCACAAGUCAAUCCACCGGUGUAUUGAUAUCGUCCCUGUGUACUUUGCCCCGCAUGCAAGUGAGGCCGUGUCCUUCGACAUUUUGGACACCAAGUUCGACAUGAUCUUGGGCAUGUCAUGGCUACGAAGCGAGAAUCACCCGGUGAACUUCUACCGCCGCAACGUUCACGAUCGUGACCGGAACGUAGUACUAGUCCCAUCCACGGUGCCUCCUCCUCACCCUUCGAUCAGCUGCCACGUGGUGUCCGCUGCAAGCAUUCGAGCUUCCAUCAUCAGCGAUGACAUCGAGGAGAUGGAUGUGUGUUUUCUUCACGCCUUCCCGCCCCAAGACAUCCCAUCGACGGACUCAUCACCGGACCCAAGCAUCACCAAGCUUCUCGACGCCUAUGGCGACGUAUUCGAAGCCCCGCACGGAGUAGUACCGGAUCGGCCAAUCCGCCACGAGAUCAUCCUCGAGGUCGGGGCCGUACCUCCGCGUGGUUGCAUCUACCGCAUGAGCGAGGAAGAGUUAAGUGUGCUACGGGCACAACUCGACGACCUUCUCGAGAAAGGCUGGAUUCGACCUAGCUCCUCGCCAUACGGCGCUCUCGUUCUCUUCGUCCGGAAGAAGAACAAGGAUUUGCGGUUGUGCAUCGAUUAUCACAAGCUCAACGCGCAGACCGUCAAGAGCGUCGGCCCUCUUCCGCGCAUCGACAACCUCCUCGAACGGCUGGGCAGCGCCAAGUUCUUCUCCAAGCUUGACCUCAAAUCGGGAUAUCACCAACUCGAGAUUCGGCAGGAGGACCGCUACAAGACCGCGUUUAAGACGCGAUAUGGGCAUUUCGAAUGGCUGGUUAUACCUUUUGGCCUUACGAAUGCCCCGGCCACAUUCCAAGCGGCUAUGAUAACGGAGUUCCAACACAUGCUGGAUAGAUUCGUACUCAUCUACCUCGACGACAUCCUGGUGUACAGUCGGAGUUUGGACGAGCAUGUGGAGCACCUGCGCACCGUUUUGGAGCGGCUACGACAAGCCAAGUACAAAGCCAACCGCGACAAAUGUGAAUUCGCACGGCAAGGGCUAGAGUACUUGGGACAUUAUGUGACACCGCAAGGCAUCCGUCCGCUUGCGGAUAAGAUCGAGGCCAUCCGCGUGCCAUUCAUAUUUGAUGACGAUGCACGCCAGUCAUUCCAAGCACUCAAGACGGUCAUGCUCAUGGCACCCGUCCUUAGCAUCUACGACCCCACCCUGCCAAGGAGAGUGACAACUGACGCUUCCGGCUAUGGCAUUGGGGCAGUCUUGGAACAACACGACGGCGACGACUGGCACCCCGUGGAGUAUUUCAGCCACAAGGUGCCUCCCAUCAAUUCACUUGAUGAUGCAAGGAAGAAGGAGCUGCUCGCAUUCGUGAUGGCUCUCAAGCGAUGGCGGCACUUCCUCCUUGGGCGUCGUAGGUUCACAUGGGUCACGGACAACAACCCAUUGACCUACUACAAGAUGCAGGAUACGGUGAGCAGCACGAUCGGACGAUGGAUGUACUUCAUCGAGCAAUUCGACUUCACACCGAAACAUCUCGCCGGCCUCUCCAAUCGCGCAGCAGAUGCACUCUCGCGAAAACCUGAUAUUUGCGCUAUGACACAUCAUGCCUUCGCAUUCGACGAGGAACUAAUGCAACACGUCAUCAGGGGCUAUGAGUCUGACCCGGAUUUCGCCACGUUGUAUGCGCAGCUAUUUUCGGAUCACCCGUCGGCCAGCCACUAUCGCAUCGUCGACGGGUAUUUGCUUCUCCACUCGCGAGGCAAGGACUUCUUGUGUGUCCCACACGAUCGUCGUCUUCGGACUCGCCUUCUCGUUUGCCAACGGAGCAAGCCCCGCAACCGCAAUCCCUACGGCGAGUUGCGCCCGAUGCCCAUCCCAUGGGAACCCGGCCUCUCCAUUGCCAUGGACGGCACCGGUCCAUUUCCCCGCGACCGCCUCGGGCACGACGGAAUCCUCACGGUCACUGACCGUUUGGGCAACCACGGCGUUUCGGAGGACAUCGUUAGCGACCUCGGCACUCGUUUCAUGUCGGCAUUCUGGACUUCUCUCAUGCAGGAAUCCAACACCAAGAUGAAACCAAGUUCGGCUUGGCAUCCACAAACAGACGGGCAAAUGAAGUGGGCACAUCAAACCACUCAAAUGAUGCUUCGUACACUCAUCCGUCCGGAUCAGAAGGAUUGGGUUGACUGCCUCCCCGACAUCGAGUUCGCCUACAACACUUCGGUGCAUCCGGCGAUCUGUGUGACUCCAUUCGAGUUGCACCACGGUGGCCGGGAAGGCCGUAUCUUCGCUGAUCUUCUCCUUCCACGAACAGCCGACCUAGACGCUGCUUGCUCUCGCGCUUUCGUCCGGAAGUACAGGGAAUUGUUGGCACACGCCCUCGCGAACAUGCAAAAAGCCCAAGUCCGCAUGCAACAGCAAGCCAACAAGUGUCGCGUGCCAUGUCCCAUCCGCGCCGGUGAUCUGGUUUGGGUCUCCGCGGAAGAGUUUGCACUCGAGCAGGAUGUUUCGUGCAAACUACUCCCCAAGUGGUUUGGACCAUGGCCCGUAACAUCAGCCGCGGGGGAUGAGCCCGAUGGCCCCUCAUUUGUGAUCAACAUGCCCCCGCAUCUGACGGUCCAUCCAGUCUUUCCCGCCUCAAAGCUGGCGACAUAUACACCAGCUAAGAGCGACGACUUCCCGGGCCGACGAUCACAAGACCCUCCAUCUAUGGAUGGUCAUCAGGAAGUUGACCUCGUCAUCACGGAUCGCAAGUACAGCAGCAAGCCUCGACAGUACAAUGCUACCUUCAAAGCAUGCGAUCCCGAUGACACCCGAUGGAUUUCAGGAGCAGAUUUGAAAGCAUCCGCACCGCUGAUCUACUCUGACUACGAGCGACAAAGGUCAGCUAGGGAAGCUUCACGACCUGCCCCUCCCACCCAGACUUUGGUCCCUCCCUCAGACAGACCGCUUCGCCCUCGCACGUAAGCUCGGUCUGUUAAGGAGGGGGGGGUGUGGCAUACUGUGCAGCCACACAGGCCUGAAGGGCCCGAUCAGCGUUCUCAGCCUAAAAGCCUGAAAA